GCAAACUAUACCAUUAUGAUGUCGGACUUCUGGGAGACCACCUUACCAGCGGAAGUUCUCCUUCCCAUCUGUAAAUUUCUCUGCACGAAAGACAUUCUCCACCUGGAGCUCUCCGGCAAAUGGUUCAGCCGGGUCCCCUCCGAGGUCCGCCGGCGCAUCUGGUACACGAAGGCGGAGCAGGUUUGCGGUGUGUGGCUGGAUUUCUUAAAAGAGAGCGAUCUUCAUGUCGCUCCUGCAUCAAGAAUUGCCGCGUUGGUAGGAGCAACUACUUCUCGGGAAGGAGAUUUUCAUUUUGGAAACACGUCCUCCUCCACCCGUACAUUUCCUUCUCCGCAAAUAAAGCUCGAG